AUGCCGGCUGUCCUCCCUCUGAUGAUCCGCUCUCUCUCUGUCCUGCCUUUUCCUCUCUUCCCUCCUCUUGCUGUCCUCGUCGCGUGGUCCUCCUCCCUGCGCGUUGAGUUCCUUUGUCCUGUCCGAGAGAGCGCUGCAAUGCGCAGAGAGCAUACCAUCCAGGUGCAGAACAAUGCGUUGCAGAAGGACGUAGAAAGUGCAUUGGGCUCAUAUUUCCGGAAGGAGAAGCAGAUGGUACCGUCAGCACUAUUGGACAUUAGACCGUCACGUCGAACGAACGAGCAUGCAAAACAAUCACAAGAAGGAUUGCUAUGGAUCCCGAAAAAUGGUACAUCCCGUUGUCUCAUUCGUGCCUACCCCUCUAUGACAAUAUUUUAUCGCGCGUUGGAGCACGCAUGUUCAACUAUCAAGAGCCCCGGGGUAACUGGGCUGAGAUGUGCUGCUCCACUCCCUCUCAAUUCACUUGGCAGGGCUUCGCUCACCUUAAUACAUGCAAUAACAAGGAAAAAUACAGACCCUCCGGAAGCUGGUUCAUCGAUGAUGAAUGCGGGUAACAUAGACCUAUCUCACGGUCAGCCUUACGCUGCUGGGUCGAACCUAAGAUCCAUCAAGGGCUGCCACUCCUUCAAUGGGGUCGGUAAAUCGGAAGCUUGUAGUACUAAUGAUUUCAGCAACGCUGUAUUGAAGGGAGGAGAGAUGUGGGGGAGCCACUUGAGCGAGAUUACUCCAAAUAUUCAGAUCAAUGUCGCUUCCGGGCAUAUUCCCGUGCAAUGGAACCAUUUCCAGGGGUCUCGGUGA